AUGUCUGUCACGGUCGCUACCAAUGACAGUCGAAUCGAUAUCAUUGCGCUUGAAAAACGCGAAGUUGUGACUUCUCUAGCGGGCCACCAAGGAGCUGUGGACUUCGUCACCUUCGAUCCGAAAGAUAAGUAUCUGAGCAGUAUUGGCUGCGACGGCACCUUGCGAAUUUGGAAUAUGGAAACCUCCAAAUGCGUGUCAAUCAAGCCCUACAUCAACCGAGACUAUUCUUCCAAGCUGUCUUGUUCGUGGAGCGACUCUGGGGACGUUUUGGCGGUUCCGUUCAACAGCAAAAUCGAUUUGGUUCGCCGCGAUUCCUGGGAUUCUCUGCGCUCGUUUUCCACUCCCUUUUCUUCCCCAAUCGAAUUGGUUUCCGUGUCUCCGAACGGACUGUACGUCGCCUAUGUGUGUUUGGGCGAACAUUCCGCCUAUGCUGUAUCGAAAACGCCUUCCCUCGGCGUCAUCGACACAAACGCAUCGCAGGAGCUGAAGCACGUCGAUCUGGACGCGGACGAGUUCAAUUCUCUGCGUUGGAGCGAGGAUGGUCGCUCGCUUCUGCUGCUCGAUAAGGAGGUCCGACUCACCAAAUUCGUUCAGUUCAUUCCCUCCUCGCUGCGUUCUGGCACCGAAUCCAUCGCUCCCAUUCCGGCUCCUUCUUCGAAUUCUGUGAAUUCUAUGAAUUCUUCCGCUGGUAAAGCGGCUGCAUCAUCGACAGUUUCCGAUGGAAAGGAGAAUUCGAAGAACGAAUCGAUGGAUGCCGAUUUGUUUGAAAGCGAAAAGGCGGCAAAAACCGUUUUGGCGGCAGAAAGCGAAGACGAAGAAGAGCGCAUCGUGGUUCGAAAACUUCGCCGCGAAUCGCCGCUGGACCCCGUCAAAGAAGUCGAAGACUUCGGAAUUCUCGCCGAUGAAACGCCCGUAGCAGAUCCGUUUUUCGAGCCGGAUCGUUCUUUGAAACUCCACGAUAUGUUUAUGAGUUGUGCGUCGGAAAUGGUGCAGGAUCGCUGCUUUCUGGCGUGGAAUGAAGUCGGUCUCAUUAUCAAACGCUUCGCCGAGGGCGUUUCAUCGAUCGAAAUCGAAUUCACCGACCGCCAUCGCAAGCGACUUCUCUUCAGCGAGACUGGCGACAUCGUCGUGGCCUCACUGAGUCCCGCGGGAGCGAUUUUGGGCGGGGUGAUCGAGGAGGAGAACGGGAAAGUGUCGGGUUUUGUGGUGUAUCGCGCGUUCAACGCGUGGUCGGGUCGUUCUUCGUGGCGCGCCGAUUUGCCGGGCGACGAGCUGCCGGAUUUGGUGGCGUGCACGGAUUCGAUGGCGUUCGUGUAUUCGUCCCGCGGGCUCUUGCGAUCAUGGAGCGUGUGCGGACUGCAGAAGAGCGUGCUGACGCCGUGCAAUCGCGUGGUGACGAUGGUGGGCGAUGCGGAGCGAUUGGCGCUCGUUUUCGAAGAUUCGCUUCCGAUCAAUGGUUUUUAA